UUAGAAUUGAUUAGAAGUUAAGCGAAAUAAAUGAGAGUGCGGUGACUCACACGCGCACCCGCAUAGCGAGUUAACGACACAUACAGACCACCGAAAGGGCAGACGAAAGGAGAAAAAAGUGAAAAACGCUAAUCCAAACCCCCAAAACAAAAACCAAAAAAAUUCACAGAAACUCGGAAAGACCCAUCAACACAUACAAGAACAAAGACUUCUUCUUCUUCUUCUUCUUCAUUUUCUCCCCUCCACAAGCAAUUGCUCCCCUCUUCUCUUUCUCAUCUCAUCAGAUUUAUUGGGGGGUUUCUUCUUCUCGCGUCGUUCGGCGUACAUAUUUAUAUUCGGACUGCAAACCCGAAGCUCGAUCUGUACAUAGUUUGAUCGGAUUCCACUACCAUCAUCCAUGGAGGUAACAACUAUAGCUUAAACCCCUUUCUCUCACUUGUUGUCAUCUCCGCUUACUUUAUAGUUUCUUUCUGUUUCUGAGCUUCGUAUAGGGUCUCUUUUUGUGGCUUCUCUGGUUGUGGAUAGGGUAAGAGAGUGGUUUGAAUUGUGUUUCCAGCCCGCUUGUUUGAAUGAGAUCAAGAGUUUCUUCUUCCGCCGUCUCUGUUACUGUUCCUUAUUGAUUUGAAGCUCUUUUGUUUAUCAGUUCGUUUUCGAACUCUACUUCUAGUUGUGGAUGUGUGAAAACAGUUCUGGAAUUCGCUGGAGAAAUUGGCCUUCUAUGGGGACUGCUUAGAUGUUAGCAAGGGAAAUUUUUGACCGAGAUUGGUGGGUUAAUCGUGAUUUAAGGAGGGAUAUUGAGAUGGGAACUCGUUGGAGUUUCACUUCAGUGAGGGUUUAAUUAUAGAAAUUUGGAUCGUUAGAUGAUUUUGUGACAUCCAAGUGAUCGGAUAAUGUAAUUUGCAUACCCUGGACAUCGUUAUCGGAUUCAAGGUUGAAACUUUUGAGUUGGGUUUUGUAGGGAAUGGAAGAGAGCAAGAAGCCGGAAGCGCAUUUAACGUCUGCUGCGGCUUUCGUGGAAGGAGGCAUUCAGGAUGCCUGUGAUGAUGCUUGCAGCAUAUGUCUUGAAGACUUUUGUGACAGUGAUCCAUCAACUCUGACCACUUGCAAGCAUGAGUUCCAUCUUCAAUGCGUCCUUGAAUGGUGCCAAAGAAGCUCCCAGUGCCCAAUGUGUUGGCAAUCUAUUUCCCUGAAGGAUCCAACCAGUCAGGAACUGCUCGAAGCUGUAGAACGUGAGAGGAAUAUAAGAUUGAAUCCACCUAGGAAUUCUGCCAUAUUUCAUCAUCCAACUCUGGGGGACUUCGAAUUGCAACAUCUGCCAGUUGGUAUAAAUGAAGCUGAACUUGAAGAGCGUAUAAUUCAGCACCUGGCUGCUGCUGCUGCAAUGGGACGACGUCAUGUUUCUCGAAGAGAAGGUUCCCGACAUAGGUCAUCAUCUCAAAGCCGUCCACAAUAUGUAGUGUUUUCUAGUCAUCAUAAUGGGCCAGCCGCUGGUCCAACUGGCGCUUCCCCAACUCAGAGAGGAGAGGUUGAACCGGGUUCAAUGGUUACACUAGCGGCACCAUCUUCUCCGGUCAGAGGUGUUGGUGACUCUUCUCCCCUUCCAAAUAGUAGAGAAGCAUCUCCCCAAGUGGUUACACCAUUAUCAAGAAGUGGCCAUACUAGCUCACCCGCUUCUGGCUCUGGUGUUGCUAUCAGCCAACAUAGAACUUCCCCAAACACUGGAUCUCCUAGUCAGUCUUCGCCAGAUAGUCAAGACAGAGCCGGGCCAUCUGAACUCCAGUCCAUCUCAGAUUCCAUAAAAUCUAAGCUUAAUGCAGUUUCAACGAGAUAUAAAGAAUCAAUUUCAAAGAGCACAAGGGGUUGGAAGGAGAGAUUUUUUUCUCGCAACACCGCAAUGGCAGACCUCAGUUCUGAUGUUAGAAGAGAGGUCAAUGCCGGAAUUGCAACGGUUUCUCGCAUGAUGGAGCGUCUGGAUUCUAGAGAGAAAGAAGAAAUAACAAGCACUUCUUCAGCAUCAAACGGAGAGGUGGAUAAUAAUGCAGUCCAAGAGAAUAAUCAUGAACAGAUAUCAGAAGCUGGUGGCGAUGAAGGCAUUCUAGCAGGUACUGGCACUGGCAACAAUAUGCAUGCUCCACCUGCUGCUGCUUCUGGUGCAAUUUGAAUAAUAAAGGUUCAGCAAUUGCUUCAACUCAAAAGGAUUUCAGUUAGAUCAGGUAUGAUGAUCUCCACUCUCUUUGACUCUAGUCUGAGCAUGCUACAACCAUAUGAUUUCGCCGUUACAAUACUCCAGUAUGGAUUAAUAAAAUCGAUGGCUUACUGGAUCAUCCAAAGCAUCCUGCCAUUAAGCCAUGGGAAAAAAGUGAUUGAUCCCUGGAAAAAAAUGUGGUCUAUGAUCGUCACCUUGUGUAAUUCUCCUUUUGCAGAUAAGGGAUGUCUGUGGACUAAUCUCAUCGGAUGGAUCGGUUUGAGUGCAAUUGUUGAUUGAUCAAUAGAGAGACAGCUUCAUGAUUCAGAAUAAAGAAAAGGCUAUUCUGGAUUUGGACUGGGAAAGACAUACCUAUUACACAUAAUAUAUAUAACGUUAGAUUGUUACUAUCAUUGUAUAUUAGACUCACUGCGAGGUUUAUAUAUAAUAAUCAUAUGUACCUUAAAUUGUUUCUUUGAUGCUGUCAUAGAUGCUUCUUUGAUGGUGCAGUGGAACUUUGAGGCUUAGGCACGUUUCCUGUCCCCCCUUUCCCUCACCUCUUUCUCUAUUUAUUUGAUCGCUCUAGUUCAAUUUUGCUUUUAUGCUCGCAACACAUUUAUGAGAACGUGUUCACAAAGACACAUGAUUGUUGGAUUACGUGUUGGACGCUCCGACGGUUUGAUGCCUUGUGACUUGUGAGCAUGCUCUCUCAAGUCGUCUGAGCGCCAUAUCCAAGUUGGCUCUAGUUUUUUGAUAGCCGAAUUGGGCUUCAUCUAAGUUGUGGUUUCAAUUAACAAUGGGUAAUUUCUUAAAAUAAAUCUUGAGUUACUAGCUUCCACCCUGCCCUUUGGGCAGGUAGAAUUUUAAUUUUUUUUUCCGUAACUUAUAAAUAUAUAUGGCAACAUCUAAAUUAUCAAUUUGUUAUCAUUAUAAUAUUACUUUAGGCAAAAUACUAAAAUUAGUGAAAAUGUUCCCACAAACUAUUUAACUGAAUGUUCACAAUACAUUUCAAGUGAAAUAUCAUAUAUAGGUGAAAAUUAUAACAUUUUCUAUGCAUUAAGAAAUCUAUUAUAUAUCCAUGAAAAUAAUAAGGUAUGAUGUAUAUUGUAAAUAUGUAUUAUUAGUGCAUCUAAAUAUAUUUUAUAAAAGAGAAUUUUUAACAUCCCAGUAAAAAUAUCCAUAUUAAAAAAUGGCUUAAGAAUUAAGAAGUUCAUUUCUUAACUUCACCAGAAAAACGUAAUUAUUAAUCCACUCUCACAUGUCACAAAUCAUGUUGUUAAAUUGAAAUUUUCAAAUUAAAUUUUCUUAGGGGAUGAACUUUUCAAAUUAUUAUUUAAUCUUAACCACAAAAAAGUUUGGAAAAUGAAUUGGGGCGCAACCCCUUGGAAGUUAAAAAUAAUAAUUUUAAAAAGCCAAAUUUCCAAACUAACCGACGCAGCAACUGCGAAAAGUUAAAGAAAAUAAUAAAAAAAUGACAAAUGCGGAAAUUCACGGAGAAGCCUCCAAGGCUUACGUGGACAUGGCUUAUUUUUGAAAGCCUUUUAAUAUAUUUUAAGAUGAGAU